AUGUGGAGAGUUUUUGUACUUUUAGCGUUUUUACUAAUCUCUGUAAGUUGUGACCAUUUUGAAGAAGAAUUACUCGUAAAAGAUUUUGGAAACGGAUACUCUGGAUUGCAUUUUAACUUCAUAACUCGGAAAUCUAUUGAUGAUGGUAACUUCGUACAUAUAUCCUUUUAUAGUAAUAUAGACUUUAAUUUUCACAUAUUUCCUAAGUCGCUACAUUCUACACUGAAGAAAUACAAUGUUGAGGAGUUUCAUUUUUCAAUGGUUCAGGGUUUUUGGGAUAGACAAAAGUGGGGACCUCCUUUUAUGGCCAUUUCUUCUGGUGGUUCAGAAAUAUGGGCCUGGUUUUCACCGCAAACAUCCAAUGUUGAUAAAUCGUGGGCUUAUUUUCUUGAGGCCCUUUCUGGUCACUUUUGUGCAUCGCUGAAACAACUUGGUCUCCCGAAAAAUUACAUUUCACCCUCCCUAUCUUAUCGUCCCUCGGGGCUGACCGGUAACAUAAACUCGAAAAAUGUUUCAAGGGUUUUCCGCUAUGCUCAAUUGCCCCACGAAGAACUUUGUACCGAAAAUCUCACUCCUUUUACAAAGUUGCUUCCUUGCAAGAAAUUCAGUGGACUUGCCAGUUUGUUAAAGCCACAGUCACUGUUCAAAGCAUCUUACAAUGCUCUUUCCAUUGGCUCCCGCAAGGUUUGCCUGGAUUCUAAUUGCAAGCAUGCUUCUUUGGAACUUAGACAGUCAUUAACUUAUGUGUUCAAUCGACGCCACCUAUUUGCUUCAAUCAAUGUAAUCGAUAACUUUGUAGAACCCUGGUCACUAACCGGUCUUCUUGGCGGAAAAAUCUCGAAGCCUUGUCAGGUUGCUGAUCGAAGCGAAAUCGUCAUUUUAAGAUCUCAGACAGAUCUUGAUUUAAAUCCACAAAUUGAGCCAUCUUCAUUGAACAGCUGGGACAGAAGUCGUGUUUUGACUGUCUAUUCUCCUUCCAAUCACUACGGGAAUGAUCUCAUUAUUACGUCAUUGCCAGAUAGCAAGAAAUUGCAUAUGGCAACUAUUAGCCAAGACAGUAUCUCAAUUAUGAAAUAUGCCACAGGAAAGGGCGAUAUUGAUGGAGGUGUUAAGAUUGAACUCUGCAAUAACCUUAAUUUCCCGGUGCUUGCCGUGCUCCUAGAUUCUGCUCCCUGGCACGCUGAAAUGCUUUUCAGUAGUCUGCUCGUCACGGAAAGUGUUUAUGGCAGUGAAUCUCCAGUGGCUGUAAUACCAGACAAGGUGAUGUUCACUCCCAGUGUUCAUCGUAAACGCAUGUCACUCCUUGAACUCCUUUUGAAACUGCCAUCACGAAAAUGUGUCAUCGUGUCCUACGCCUUCAAGAAAAUCCUCAUGCACUGGAAUGAGUACCUUCCCGAUGCAAAUCAUGGUAUCUACUUACCCGCUGCCUCCUUGAUCUAUCAACUCACUCCUGAGCAGCUCAAUCGGCAGCGGGCUAGUAGCAGUCCUGCUACUUGGGAAAUCGCUCUUCCUCUCUGGGCCAGCACUUAUGCCGAGUUUCUCCGGAGCGGCAAUGGGUCUUUCCCAGAAAAUAGGCUAGGAGAUGGUUUUGUGCGGCUCUACUCAGAGACCCCUCUAAUUCGCCUUCCAGUACCUGAUUUCAGUAUGCCCUUCAACGCGCUUUGUUUGGUGUGCUCAGUUGUGGCUCUUCUCUUUGGAGCAAUCCAUAAACUCACCACAUCACCGCUGCUACCAGCUAUCGCUCAAGGGGAUGAGGACGAGGUGGAUAGACCACCAGUUGUUCGGCUGAUUGAGAGGAUUAAACGUAUCCUCUCCACUUUGCGGCGAAAGGUGGAGAAAUCGAAAACAGACUAG